CUGGGAUUUGAAACCCGGGUCUUCUGCAAGAACAGUCAGUAUUAUCCACUAAGCCAUCUCUCCAGCCCCAAGGUCCUUUUUUAAAAGCCUCUGUGGGGCAGGAGAGAUGGCUUCACAGUAAAGAGCAAGCUCAGUUCUCAGCAAUCAUGUUGGACAACACAGAACUGCCUCUAACUCCAAUUCCAGAGCAUCUGGUGCCUUCUGGCCUCCGUGGGCACCUUCACUCACAUGCAUAUACCCAUACAUGGACACACAUAAAUUUUUAAAAGCUAAAACCUUUUGAAAAGCCUAUGCUAAACAUUAUUUUGUCAUUAUGCAUUCCCUAAACAAUACAGUAUAACUAUGUUUAAUUUAAUGUAGCAAUAGGCAUUAUCUAGAGAUUAUGUAUAUUAUACUGGAAGACAUGAUGAUAGGGUAUAUGCAAAAUAUAUGCCAUUUUAUAUAAAGGGCUUUAUAGCAUAUAUAGAUUUUGGUAUUCACAGGGGUCUUGAAAUUAAUCAUUCCAUUUGACAGGAGACAAUAUAUACAUAUGUCUAUAUUUGCAGAUGGACAAACUAUGCAACAAGAUAUUUUAUGAAGCCCAUUGGAAAAGAAAAAUGUUCAAAAAUUAUUUCAAGAUGAUGUUAGUAGCAUUAAACCAAGUAUACGACUAUAUAGGUCUCACAUCAGGAAGCUGGCCCUGCUCCAGCAUCACACACAAAAGCGGGAGUGGGAGUGGAGUGGGGAGUGAGGGAGUAAAACUGAUUCCAGGAGUAAAACUGGGUAAGGGACAAGAGCCCAAGAGACUUUGCAUUAUAGAUCUUUGUCUUUUGAAGUUUUUUACAUAUAAAAACAUUACUUGUCAAAACAAUGGAGCCUUUGCAGUAGAUCAAAGAUGCCUCCUUGAAGAAACUUCUAUAGGGUGAAGAGUGGUUACAGUGCCUUCCAACUGGAGCAUGCCCUGAAGCGUGUGCUGUUGAGUGCUGUGCUGCUCUAGCUUGUCUCUGCAUCUCCCCUCAGGUCAGAUGUCCCUGGAAUGGACACGUGCACCUGUACUCGCUCUAGUAAGUAAACACUGGACACCCUGAAAUUCCCUGUCCUAAAGGUAAAGUGGGCUUCCAAGAUCCACCCAGUGCUCUUUCUAAGGUCUGUUCUCCUGAAGAGUGAGCAAGGGGUGGGUAUAUUCAUGGUAUAUAGAUGGCUUGGGACGCUAGGGGGUCCUCUAACACGUGGCUCAAAAACUGGGCAAAGCGUUCCCUGAAACUAUCAAACCAAGUAUUUUCCUCAGUUCCAAGUACACAUUUUAUCCCUAUCAUCACGGGAAUAUAACUCAAGUUCCUUUUAUCAUAGAUAUGUCUUGAUAUGUAGCCUUGGUUGACAUCGACCUCGCGGAGAUCCUGCAUCAACAUCCCCAAGUGCUGGAAUUAAAAGCCUGUACCAUGACGGAGGGUUAUUUUCCGAGGUCCCUCCCUUACACAUUUAAAACGCAAUUUGGAAUCCAAUUUCAAAAUCUUUUUUUUCUUUCAAUCAGGCUCCUAUUGUCCCCAAGUCGGGCACAUCCCCACCUUUAUUGGUGGAGAGUGACCACACAACUAAUCUGGUCAAAACAUAAGCACGCUUUGACAAUCCGGUUGAAUAACAACUACAACUCCCAAAAUGCACCGCGGGUCAACAUGGGCACCUUGCCGGUUUCCUCCUCUCCCGUUUUGGGGUAGUUAGCCUGGAGCUUGGACCAGCUAAGGGAUUGACUGUACAAACGAAGAAGCGGACUGAACUUCACGGCCGCGACCUCGGAUGCGUUGCUCGCACCAUCGAGCAUGAACCAGCUCAAAAUGCAAGAAAUGCGCGCCAGAGAAACUGAGUCAUGGAAACUGCUCUGAGGGGCCAGAAAGGUUGGCGCGUCACUCCCCUCAUCUUAAUCGCGGCUCGGUCUCUUCCGGGAACACAAACAGCUUCUCCAGGCCGGUAACUACGAGGCUAACGGCAGAACGCUUUGGCGGGAACUAAGGAGCUUCCAAGCAGAAACUUCAGCUCGCUGCCGUGGAACGCUCCGGAGCACACACCCAACAGAUCCCAUAACGCGUUCCUACGGGUGACCCGCCUCGGCCUCCGUCCUCGCAGAAGGUUGACAGGGUGAGUCUCCAGUAAAGGCCGCGAGCGCACUUCUUUCCAUCUUGCUUCUGACCAGUCAGAGGACUUCUCAGAGCCGCUUUCUUCUUUUCUUAGAGCCAGUCGAGAGCUUACGACCGGACUGCAACCCUACAAAUCCCGGAGAGCAGCUCGGCGGACGCAGCGUUCCACUAAGGCACUCUUACGGUACAAGCGGGAAAGCUCGCGAGAAGUUCCCGCCCAACCGAGAUCCUGCGCCAGGAGCCGAGGCCGAAAGAGGAAGCCCACCCCGACACCACCCCCUUUGUAGGCUUCAUCGCGAGAACGCCGAGCUUUGGUGCUUGGAAAGCGCGUACUGAGGAAAAGGUGCUGUGUUUUGGACUCGUCGGCCGCCGUAGCCCCUGCUAGGCCAGCCCGUGUGAGUCUGCUGGAAGAGGAAGAGAAAGGCAGAGAGAGUCGGAUUACAAGAUGGCGGAUCUGUAGUAGUUACCGCGGCGGUGGCGGCGGCGGCGAGAGAGCGAGCGAGCUCUGGGGGGCAAAGGGAGGGAAGGGGAGUUGUGUGCCGCGUCGAAGGGAGGGGGAACGGAGACCCGAGCGGAGGGCUCUCGGUGGCUCUUGUCACCCCUUCUCGUGGCUGAACCUUUGGCGCCAUGGUAAACUCGGGCCUCUCCAAAGCCGCCACCGCCGCUACCGGCUCUCAAGAGUGAGGGGUGCGAGCGAGGUGAGCAAGGAGGUGGCGGCCGGAGCGGUGGGGACAGCGGCCACCAUGUCGGAUACAAGGCGGCGAGUGAAAGUCUAUACCCUGAACGAAGACCGGCAAUGGGACGACCGAGGCACCGGGCACGUCUCCUCCACUUACGUAGAGGAGCUCAAGGGGAUGUCGCUGCUGGUCCGGGCAGAGUCCGACGGAUCACUACUCUUGGAAUCAAAGAUAAAUCCAAACACUGCAUAUCAGAAACAGCAGGAUACAUUAAUUGUUUGGUCAGAAGCUGAGAACUAUGACUUGGCUCUAAGCUUUCAGGAAAAAGCUGGCUGUGAUGAGAUCUGGGAAAAAAUUUGUCAGGUUCAAGGUAAGGACCCAUCAGUAGAAGUCACACAGGACCUCAUUGAUGAAUCUGAAGAAGAACGAUUUGAAGAAAUGCCAGAAACUAGUCAUCUAAUUGACUUGCCCAUGUGUGAACUCAGUAAACUUGAAGAGAUUGCUGACUUAGUUACCUCAGUUCUCUCCUCACCUAUCCGUAGGGAAAAACUGGCUCUGGCCUUGGAAAAUGAAGGCUAUAUUAAAAAACUACUGCAGCUGUUCCAAGCUUGUGAGAACCUAGAAAAUACUGAAGGCUUACACCAUCUGUAUGAAAUUAUUAGAGGAAUUUUGUUCCUAAAUAAGGCAACUCUUUUUGAAGUAAUGUUUUCUGAUGAGUGUAUCAUGGAUGUCGUGGGAUGCCUUGAAUAUGACCCUGCUUUGGCUCAGCCAAAGAGACAUAGAGAAUUCUUGACCAAAACUGCAAAGUUUAAGGAAGUUAUACCAAUAACAGACUCGGAACUAAGGCAAAAAAUACAUCAGACUUACAGGGUCCAGUACAUUCAGGACAUCAUUUUACCCACACCAUCUGUUUUUGAAGAGAAUUUUCUUUCUACUCUUACGUCUUUUAUUUUCUUCAACAAAGUUGAAAUAGUCAGCAUGUUACAGGAAGAUGAAAAGUUUUUGUCUGAAGUUUUUGCACAAUUAACAGAUGAAGCUACAGAUGAUGAUAAACGACGUGAGUUGGUUAAUUUUUUCAAGGAAUUUUGUGCAUUUUCUCAGACAUUACAACCCCAGAACAGGGAUGCUUUCUUCAAAACUUUGGCAAAAUUGGGAAUUCUUCCAGCUCUUGAAAUUGUAAUGGGAAUGGAUGAUUUACAAGUCAGAUCAGCUGCUACAGAUAUAUUUUCUUACUUGGUAGAGUUUAGUCCAUCUAUGGUCCGAGAAUUUGUGAUGCAAGAAGCCCAGCAGAGUGAUGACGAUAUACUUCUUAUUAAUGUAGUUAUUGAACAGAUGAUUUGUGAUACUGAUCCUGAGCUAGGUGGUGCAGUCCAGUUAAUGGGACUUCUUCGUACUCUAAUUGAUCCAGAGAACAUGUUGGCUACAACUAAUAAAACUGAAAAAAGUGAGUUUUUAAAUUUCUUCUACAACCAUUGUAUGCAUGUCCUCACGGCACCACUUUUGACCAAUACUUCAGAAGACAAAUGUGAGAAGGAUAAUCUACUUGGAUCUAACAAAACCAACACAAUUUGCCCUGAUAAUUAUCAAACAGCACAGCUACUUGCCUUAAUUUUAGAGUUACUUACAUUUUGUGUAGAACAUCACACAUACCACAUAAAAAACUAUAUCAUGAACAAGGACUUGCUAAGAAGAGUCUUGGUCUUGAUGAAUUCAAAGCACACUUUCCUGGCCUUGUGUGCUCUUCGAUUUAUGAGGCGGAUAAUUGGCCUUAAGGAUGAAUUUUAUAAUCGUUACAUCACCAAAGGAAAUCUUUUUGAACCAGUUAUAAAUGCUCUUCUGGAUAAUGGAACUCGGUACAAUCUGUUGAAUUCAGCUGUUAUUGAAUUGUUUGAAUUUAUAAGAGUGGAAGAUAUCAAGUCUCUUACUGCACAUAUAGUUGAAAACUUUUAUAAAGCACUUGAAUCGAUUGAAUAUGUUCAGACAUUCAAAGGAUUGAAGACUAAAUAUGAACAAGAAAAAGACAGACAAAAUCAGAAACUGAACAGUGUACCAUCUAUAUUGCGUAGUAACAGAUUUCGCAGAGAUGCAAAAGCCUUGGAAGAGGAUGAAGAAAUGUGGUUUAAUGAAGACGAAGAAGAAGAAGGAAAAGCAGUUGUGGCACCAGUUGAAAAAUCUAAGACUGAAGAUGAUUUUCCAGAUAGUUAUGAAAAAUUUAUGGAGACUAAAAAAGCAAAAGAAAGUGAAGACAAGGAAAACCUUCCCAAGAGGACAUCUUCUGGUGGCUUCAAAUUUACCUUCUCACAUUCUCCCAGUGCCGCUAAUGGAACAAACAGUACAAGCAGUAAAUCUGUAGUAGCUCAGACACCACCCGCAAGUUCUAAUGGGUCCUCUUCCAAAACUACAAAUUUGGCUGCAUCAGUAGCCGCCACUAAGGGGAGUUUGGUUGGCUUAGUGGACUAUCCAGAUGAUGAAGAGGAAGAUGAGGAAGAAGAAACAUCCCCCAGGAAAAGACCUCGCCUUGGCUCAUAAAAUAAUUGCUGGGGAACCCCCAUCUUGUGGUCUUACUUAAAUGCUGCAGCUGUUCAAUGAGCUGAAAGUCUGAAUCAGAAAGCUUUCUCACUUGAACUUAAAUAUACAAGGAGUAGCAAGGACACUCAGUUUAUCAGCUAGGAGAGUUUAGUUAUGUAAAAACCAGGCUUCCUAGGAACUUGAUUGCUUGCUAGUAAUUAAGGGAUUUGCCCUUCCGGCUGUCAAAAAAGAAAUUGCUGGAACCUGGGUGGUAGCUUCAUAGCAAGGAAACUCUCAGGUUUUGGGACAGUUUGGGGAGGGAAAUGAUAAAAUAUUAAUGCACAGUUGCUCCAGGGGGUUAUCCAAUCUAGAAAAAAAUUUAAAAACUUCAGUUGCAAGUCUAAUAACAUUACUUGUAUAAUGGUGCUGGCCAUUUAAUCAGUUGCCUCUUUAAAAGAAAUUUGUAUGGAAAACAAAAUUGAACUCUUAUUAAAAAUAAAGUUGUUGGGGCCAUUUUUUUUAAAGAUUUCACAGAAAUUCAGCCUUUCAGGGUUUGAAACAGUACACACCCUGGGUAACAGCACAUGGUGAGUUCUCUAUACCAGGAAUUUCAAAUAUGUAAAGAAACAAGCUGGGUUCCAAAUGGACAGUUUUGUUAAUUGAACUUUAAAGUCAGUACUUUUGGAGAUAACUGCAGCCAAGAAACAGUCCAGUAGUAUUCAAAUGACCCGUUUUGGAAUCUUGGGAGUAGCUAGAGCAGAAAGAUUCCAACACCUGCCAGUAUAAUCUUUGUGGGAGAGUCUUUGAUCACUUUCUGAUUUGUCAGUACUUAUGUCUGUGUCUUUUCAUAGCUGCAGGCAAAUUUUAAAAUGUAAUUUCUAAAGACUAAUAAAGAAUGGUGCUGAAUUAAGUGGCAGUUAAUAUCUAGAAGUCAUUUUGAUCCAAGAGGUUAUCUAAGUGUCAGAGUCACAUGCAGCACAUGAAGUUUUUCCAUAAACAAGGGUAUAACAUGAAAGCUGCUUUUUUGAGAGUAGAAAGCACAUUCCAUGUACGUAAAUGAAUUAAAAAUAAUUGAGGCAAACAAGAGCUUUUAUUUUUAGAACAGCAAAUUGACUGUAAAUAUUUUAAUGUUUGCUCAUCUAUGAUCUGAGAUCAUUGCUAAGAAAAAAUGUCCCCAAACUACAAUUUAAUGCAUUGGGAAAAAAAAUUCUAAAAAUAGUAAUUCCAGCUACAGUCUUUAGAUCAUCUUUGUAAUGUGUUUAUGGGUCCAUUUUUCCUGGAAUAGCUUAAAAGCAGUUUCCUGUUUUGGAGAUUUUGUAGUUAAUUUUAAUUUUGGCUAUUGUUUGGAAAAGAUGGGCUGUCUGUGUAGAUAUGAAGUAUAGUUUUUCCAUAAAACAGAUGUUUAUUUUGUAUUAAAAAUACCACUGUACUUGUUUUACACCAUUUGUAUACAUGUGGUGAUAUUAAUGCUGAACUGUAAAUUCAGGAAUUAAAAUGUGACCCUGUAGUUCAUGACUGAUGCUUGUGUUUGUUUUGUUGUAAAUAAGUAAACUCUAUUUUGAAAUAUGUCAUUUUACAUUAUCUUUUUAAAGCCAAUAAAAUCCAUAAAAACUUUAUUGUAAACCACUAGGUGAGAAAGUCCUGCAUGUGAGCAUCAACUGCACUUUAACUGUCAUUUCCAGAAGGUAAGCCUUGGGCAGAGAACAUCGCUGCACCAAGCUAUCACAGCAGGAAGCCUUCUCACCUCUGUACAAGGUGCACACAUACCAACCCUGGCCUUCCACCUCAUCAGAAGCCGAGCAGGAUACUCAAUCAACAUAAUAGAAUUACUUUACGGACAGGCUUUCUUUCAAGCAGAUUUUAUCAAGUCUCUUCUUUCUUAGCUCUUAGGCAUCUAAGCAGCCCAGAUCUAAAAUAUUUUUCCUAUUUUCUAUUAACUCUUUUUUGACUAUGUAACCUUUACAUUCAAAUAGGAAGUAUCAUCUUUGUACCUUAUGACAACAUCCUUUAAUUUUCCUUUCUGAGAAGUUGAAUCAGACUUUUAAGUCAUGGGAACCUUUUCUUAUAGCAGAAAUGCAAAUAUUUUGAAAAAAAGAUCCUUGGAAGGCACAAGUGGGAAGACUACAUUGGCUACUGUCCUAAGUGACAAUCCUUGUGCAGACUGGGGUGUUUCUGUACCUUAACUCUGUUUAGUUCAAGCCAGAACACACAUUUUUCUAUGUAUGCCUUAGUUCAAAGCAAACAAAAAAACUGUAAACAUGUAUCUAAUAUAAAAGCUAUUUUUAAUAAAGUUAUGUGAAACAGA